UAAAUGUUAAGAAUUGAUUUUAUAGACAAGCUGUAAGAGUGACUGUAGCCAAAUAUACAGCCCCCACCCAAAUGAAGUCAUUGUAAUUAUCAAAUUUAUAAAUAAUAAUUAUUAUUAUUAUUAUCAUCAUCAUCAUCAUCGUCAUCCUCAUUGUCAUCAUAAAAAUGUGGCUUAUUCUUCAUUGAUUUAUGUUGUUGCUGGUUCAAUGGUUAGCUAACAGUUUUUAAUACUAUUUCAUUUAAAUAGUGAAGGUUAGUAUGCAUUUAAAGGAAUAAACUUGACAUACAUGUAUAUAUUGUAAUGUGGGCGAUAAAACAGUUGUGUAUUGUUUCUCGGUAAUCCAGUUUAUCUUAUUAACAUAAAUAUCAUAAACAAGAGAAUUUUAUAGCCUAAAGAAGAAAAUAUACCAACAGCUGUGUAUAAUCUGCUUGGUCUAGAUGAAUAAUUUACAUAAAUGUAGAAGAGCUAGACAACUUUCGAUACUUAAUGUACGCAUAGACAUGUGAAGGCAGUAACAACAAACAGAAAUGGACUUUAAAUGAAAAGAUUUUGAACUACAUGCUUUAACAAAAUAAAUUUGCUGUAGUUAAUUGGACGUAAAAACAAUAUAGUACGGGAAAUUCAAUUUUAAAUAGUACAUUAAUAUGAGUCACAAACAGUUCAAUCAUGAUAGGCCUAAGGGAAAGGUAUACUACAAGUUAUUUGAUAAACACAGUGAGUAUAUAUUUAAAGAAAUGUUGUCGCUUUAGUUAAUGAUAUCAAUAGAUACAUUUAAAGAGAUAAAAUGGUGUCCACCGCAAAACUUUCAUCGCUUGGAGUAUUAUUUGUUAUGUCUUGUUUCAGUGGACUUGCUCUACCGUAUAUAAUUCUGCGUGUUCUAGCGAGAAAUUGUCAGAAUUCAAAGUCAUUUAAAAGAGUUAUAGGUGUGCUUAACUGUUUCUCUGGUGGCGUCUUCAUUUCUACCUCAUUGCUUACACUUCUUCCUGAAGGUCGAGAGACUGUGGAAAAUGCGUAUGAGAUGAUGGGACAUGAAAUGGAAUACCCUGUUACUGAACUUGUUUUGGGAUUUGGAUUUUUGCUGAUACUAACAAUUGAAAGUGUAACUAUUUCUUGCUACAGUAAGUACAAUAAAGAAAAAGAGGUACCAGGAGAAACUCGUCGGAAUGAUGGCAAAGGGAAUGAUGCACCUCAGAUAAGUACGGACACAGAGGACAACAAGCAUAAAUGCAACGAAUUUUGCGCCUCAUAUCAGAAUGGACAUGUUACUGUAAUUUCUAUUAGACAAGACGCUAAUGAACCUACAGAAAUACAGCAGACAUCAACGAACAAGGACGUUGAUGCUAAACAAUCUGAUCACUGCCUUUCAGAAAAUAUAUACGGCGAGGGCAUGUCAAACUUACACAGUAUUGUGCUUCUUCUAGCUCUGUCUAUUCAUAUGAUAUUUGAUGGCUUAAGCUUAGGACUUUUGAAAGAGGACAAUGAAGUUUGGUCAAUGCUUAUGGCACUGAGUAUACAUAAAAUUUUGAUUUUCUUCAGCACUGGAAUUACGAUUUGUGAAAGUACUACGACAGUAAAGUUUGUUGUUGCUAUGCUUUACAUGUCAUUUGUAUCACCUGUAGGGGUAGGAAUAGGAAUUUUGUUAACGUCACAAUCAGAAAAUUAUACAAUUACCAUAGUUUCCGCCAUUCUACAAGCCGUUGCAGUAGGGACGUUUGUGUAUGUAGCAUUCUUUGAAAUACUACUGAAGGAAUUUUCAGCUGGUGAAAAUGGUAGAAUUGCUAAAGCAAUCUCCACAAUAUUUGGAUAUUCUAUUUUUGCGGGAAUAAAAUACUUCAUGCCUGAAUGAGUAUCAACAAUAAAGAUAUAAAUAAAUGCG